UCACUGUACGUUCAUAGAUUCAAGUCAAACGCGGAAUGUUGAUGGUCUCGAAACUCUAACUCGACAUUUCAUAGCAUCACAUCAUUAAGUGUAGCACGAAAAGGUGCACUGUACGCUUGGUCGCACACGUGCUGGUCCCCACUUAGUUACUGCGUUAGUGAACUUCAACGAACUGGCUCCCGUUCGUACAUAGUUACAAACAAGGCUAACGCGAAAAGUUCGCGGUGUCGACACUCUAACUGCACGUCUCACAGCAUCACAUUACAAGUGUAGCACUAAAAGGUGCACUGUACGUUAGGUCGCGCAAGUUCUGCUCCUCAAGACGCUGAACUCUGGGACGCUCCGAGGGAAGUUGUGAGUUUCGAGACGUCACGGCAAGGACUUCAUAUCGGCAACCAACUCGCGCUCCAUCGCAUCGCAGUGGACCUGAAGAUAUUGACUCUGUCUGGCAGUUGCAUCCCCUGUCCCAGAAGCCUCAACUACCCAGUGCACUGCAGGUGAGGGAAGCCACGCCGUUUUGAGCCACUCUUCAUCAGGUCCGACCAUGGCCAACAAAUGCACCGUCUGCGCCAAAGUGUUCCUAAAGUUGUCGGCGCUCACAGUGCACCUUCGCUCGCACACUGGGGAGAAACCUUACAAGUGUGCGCUGUGCUGCAAGAGCUUCAGUCUGAAGGACAGCCUUCGUCGCCAUGUUCGGACCCACACUGGAGAGAAGCCGUUUGAGUGCUCCGUCUGCAAUGUGAAGUUUAGACAGGAAGCCCACCUUCGUCGCCAUGUUCGAGCCCACACUGGUGAGAAGCCUUUUGAAUGCUCCGUCUGCAAUGUGAAGUUUAGACACGAAACGUCCCUUCGGAACCAUCUUCGAACUCACACUGGGGAGAAGCCUUAUGAAUGCUCCGUCUGCAAUGUGAAGUUUAGACACGAAACGUCCCUUCGGAACCAUCUUCGAACCCACACUGGUGAGAAGCCUUAUGAAUGUUCCGUCUGCAAUGUAAAGUUUAGUCGCGAAGGCCACCUUCGGGCCCAUCUUGUAACACACACUGGUGAGAAGCCUUAUGAAUGCUCCGUCUGCAAUGUGAAGUUUAGACACGAAACGUCCCUUCGGAACCAUCUUCGAACCCACACUGGGGAGAAGCCUUUUGAAUGCUGCAUCUGCAAUGUGAACUUUAGACAUGACGCCUCCCUUCGUCACCAUCUUCGAACCCACACUGGUGAGAAGCCGUUUGAAUGUUCCGUCUGCAAUGCGAAGUUUAGUCGCGAAGGCCACCUUCGGGCCCAUCUUCUAACACACACUGAUGAGAAGCCUUUUGAAUGCUCCGUCUGCAACGUGAAGUUUGGUCGUAGAGACUCCCUUCGGAGCCACCUUCGAACCCACACUGGUGAGAAGCUGUUUGAGUGCACGGUCUGCGCCAAGAAGUUUCGUUUCAGUGGCGAUCUUCGACGACAUGUUCGCACUCACACUGCAGAGAAGCCUUAGCCUCUAGACUGCCAUCGUUAGUGAGAGCGGUUCGGUUUGAAAAUGUUGACACCAGUUUGACAUCUUGUAUUAGUGUGUUCAGUCUCAUUUUUGGAACGUCACAUCACGUUGAAACGAGCGUGUCACACAAUGUCACGUUCCUUUGAACAUUGCGUCACAUUCGUUUGAAUGUAAACAAGCUAAUGAAUGGCCGAUUUUCAUUCAAACGAAUGUGACACAAUACUCAAAGGAACGUGACAUUUGGUCACAUUCGUUUCAACGUCAUGUCACGUCCUCGGAAUGAUUGUGUUCGUGUAUGGGGCAUUCCAGACCCAAUUA